UUCACCGUCACGCUCAACAACGGUAUUCAUGCUGUUACCACACCCGAGGCGAUCCUAGAGCGCGACACGGUCAUCGAGCAAGAGUUUGAGCUCAUCGAACAUCCCAAGCUUGAAUUCACAUUGACGAUCCGAGUUCGGAAGGACGAACAUAUCCUUGCUCAACUGCGUCCUCCUCCCCCUCCCCCUGUCUCACUCCCUUCCCGCGAAUCGGUCGUCACGACAAAGUCCGCGACGCCUACUCAGCGCUCUGGUUUCCGGGCCCUGUUUGGGAGUCCGAAGAAGUCAAAACAGACCCCGAAGACCUCUCCCCCUCCUCCUGUGCCUAUCCCUCGGGCACAGUCAGAGUUACCACAACCGCAGGUUGACUAUCUUGCCAAGCAUAUAGGUCCUGACGGAACGCUUGCACAAGCGAGCAUAUCUUUCAAAGAUAUCGCCAGGCGCUCCGACACGAGAAUAUUCGAGACGUCGUAUCCGCUCCUUGCACGCUCGUCUUCCUCUGUGCCUGACACAGUGACUGGCUCUUCUGUUGCUGUGCCCUCAGCACGCACUGUGGGCGAUAUUGUCCUUCAGGUGUUUAGGUUGCCACCACUGCCAGGUAUCGAACAGGACGCCCUUCCACAGAGCUUGGAAGAAUGUCAGCGCGGGCUCAGGCACGUGGCGUGGCACAAGGCUUUGUAUCAUGAAGGCAUCCUGACCCAGAAUGGUGGUGAUUGCUCGACCUGGCGCCGGCGCCGUUUCAGAGUGAUUGGGGCUGAGAUGAUUGCCUCAAAUGACGUAACCAAGAAGAUCACCGCCACGAUUGAUGUCGGCAAAGCGAUCGCUCUCGAAGAUGAUCAGGAUCCCGCGCUCAAAGUUACUACCGGCAAGACGACCAUUACCCGCAGCAUGAACUCAGACGAUGACCUGUAUUCUUAUACCGGAGUCCAGAGGAGUUUCCGGCUAAUCUUCGAGGGUGGGGAUGAGAUCGGCUUCUUUGCUGAUACCGACGAGGAGAAAGCCAAAUGGAUGGAAGUGCUGAAAUCCCGUAUCGGACGUGUUCCGACUCAUCCCCUGUGGGCGGAGAUGCUCUGGCAGCGUCAAGAGGAGCUUUCCAAACAAGCCGUUGCUGCGAGGGCCUCGGCACAGUCAAGAUAA